AUGCCCGACAAAGUCCCCAGCUCGUUGGAUAAUUGGUGGUGCAAUGCAAAGGACGAGUACGCCUUCAUGGGCUUCUCGUAUUCCAUCGCCUCUUGUCCCAGCUACGAUCAGCUUGUCAAAGACUUUAAGCGUCAACGGAACACGUAUCAAGCGAGAUACGUGCGGCUGUACUCCAAUUGCGACAAGCAAGGUUACAACGACGAUCUGAUCAACGCAGCCUGGGAGGCUGGCGUUGGUCUCCUGCCCUUGAUCUGGUUCGGCUUUGAUGGAGACGAGUCGUAUCGACCACGCAAAAAGGCACUCUUGCAAACCAUCAAGAGCAAUCCCAAAGCGCCCUUUGUGGUCCGCACGGUGCAAUUUGGCUCAGAGCCGCUUUUCGAUUGGGCCAUCUCGGCAGAUGGGUUGGCAGAUCAGAUCAACGACGUGAAGCAAAAGCUCAGCCAAUUCAUCACGGGCCAGCCAACAGCUAUGCAGGUCUCGACAUCGGAGAUGCCUUACGGCUAUCAGAUCCACGGCAACGCUCCAAAAGUGUUCUCUUCGGUCUCAACUCUUCUUGCGAACUCGUUGCCCUUCUUUGCCCAAGACGCCAGUACGGCUCGCAAAGCAUUUUCACACGUCACCAGCGAUCUGAACUACCUCAAAAAGCAAGGGCCAGACAAGAAGAUCAUCAUCACCCAAACGGGCUGGCCCAGCAAUGCGGAUGUGUGGAAAGCCAACUCUGCAGCUGCUCAAGCCAACGUGGCCCAGUCCAAAGCUUACUUUGACCUGCUCGACGACAAGUGUGAAGAUUUCAAGCAGGGCCCCAAGGGUGGGGUCGGAUGGUUCGCGCACAUCUGGUCGGAUGAUGGGCUGCCUGGCUGGGGCGUCGUGGGAUACGAUGGAAAAGCCAAGUUCGAGUUCAAGGCGAGGACCACGUGCUAG